AGCAGACUGCCACAUUUUUCUCCAGCAGAGCGGCUGGGUGAGUUUGAAUCACCAACCCUUGGGUUAGCAGCCCUAGUUAAAAUAAGUAAAAUUUAAAAUAAGAACAUGAAGACUGUUUGCCUAGUCAGAAACUGAUGUAAAAGCAUCUUACAUCACAUUAGAAAACCUAGUGGCCUAGAUAGUUGUCUGGCCUGAAUAUAGUGAAUAAAUAGAAUGCUUAAAUAGAAACAUGGACUCACGAUGAGCUAGAAGCUGUGUGUUCUCAGUGACCAUAGUGCAGCAAAGUAAAAAUUCUCUUUUGAUUGGGUAAUGGAUACAGAAGUCCACUGCCACAUCUUUUUCCUGCAGAGUGGCUGGUAGGUUUGAACCACAGACCUUUUAGUUAGCAGCCAAGCACUUAACCACUGCGCCACCAGGGCUCUCUAAUAGAGUCAAGGCCUGAAAAUCUAAGCCACUAUAUAUCCAUUGGGAAAAAGUGGAAACUAAACAGAAAUGUUGCUGUUAAGACUUAGGAACUUUAGCUUCUUGUAGUUUCUUCAGCUUAAAUUUAAGACUUGAAUUGCAGUGGAUUGGGUACUUAAAAAUAAAUUUUUAAAAUUCCUAAAAGGAUCCGAAGAGUGGAAUAAAGUUGGUCUAAAUCAACUAUCUGUUGGACUUUUUAAUCACUGGCAUAACAUCGUGGCCCCUGAUAGUAGGUAUUCACUGUAUCCCAAAACAGGACAUUCUACCUUUAGGCAGCAGUGAUUCAAAGAUAUUCUGUAUGUCAGACUAUAGCCUGCUCUCAUUGAUUCUAGUUCUACCAUUUGGGAUGAUGCAGAACUAUCAGAAUUUUGUAUGUGACAGCCCUAAAAGUAUUUGAAGGUAGCACGGUUAACUCAUUUAUACAAAAAUGCGGUCUUCUUUCCAUAGCAUUAUGUUGGAACUGAGACUGAUUAACUUGGAGAAGAGAAAUCUCUGGGUAGAGUUAGGAGUAUAUACUUUUGAUAUUGUCUAAAUGAAAUAUAGUGGUUAAAUGCAGUUAAGGAGAUAAUGGAGUUAGCUGUCUCUUUGAUAUAAAUAACACCGGCAGAUGGGGAUAGAGGUGGCAUUUAAUGUAGUACAAAAAGCAUCAAAGCAUGCCAGAAUUUAACAUUAAUUAGAUUGAAUCUGGUUUUGUGAUGUUUUUCCAUGAAUUCUAAGCAGAACUUGAAGUACCUUUAGUAACAAUACCCAGAUAAACUCGAAUCAAAUGAUUAUAUUAAGAUAUCUUUUUUGCUGACAGUGAAAUGGCUCAAUAUUUUUUAUCUAAUUCCUACCAAGUGUAAUGAAAGAUUGAGGUAUUCAGUGGACCACAAUUGAAUGAAUAAUGUUGAAAUUGAUCAAAUUUUCUCUUUGCUCAUGCCAGAUUAUACUAGGUUAUUUAGAGUGCUAUUUUUUGGCAUAUGAUUUCCUUGUGAUUAUAUUUUUGAUCCUUAGAAUUGAGGUAUUGUACUUUUAAAAGAGUUAUUUUCUCAAGAGAAAGAUUGUGGCAGUGAUUUUCAAACUUAAUGCAUUGAAAAAGUCCUGCUUUUCAUAUAAAUUUAAUCAAUUAUUUAUAUUUAUAUAACACAGAAGUUAUUAGGUUUAGGAUCCACCAUACACUUGUAUGACCUCAACCGAUUGAUUAUAUUAUGGAAGGUCAUUACAUUAGAUUCUAUGUAAAGUCAUUACAUUAUAUUACAUCCACAGGUAUAAGUGUUAAGAUUCCAGUACAUAGUUUGGGGACACACAACUUAAUCCAUAUCAUAUGGAUAUACCACUUUUUAUUUAUCCAUUCAUCAGUUGAUGGACAUUUGGGAUUGUCUUAAUUACCUAGUACUACCAUAACAAAAAUACUACAAAUGAGUGGCUUUAAAGAACAGAAAUUUAUUUUUCACAAUGCUGGAGGCUAGAAGUCCUAAUUCAGGUUAUGACCAUAGGGGAAGCUGCUUGUUUGUAAAUACAGAGCAGAGUUUGCAAGUCGGAUGCCUACAGGGUCCAGGCAGGUAACUGUGAACCAGGUUGUAGUAUAAGAGAGAGUGGUGACAUCUGUGGAGAACUGCAGAGUAUAUGCCCUGUCUAAAGGGUUAUCUGCUAAUCAGCUCUGACAGAUUAUUACCACAUAGGAAAGUGGGCCCAGUAUUUCCAUAUUUCUUAAUUUUUCAAGAGAGAUCAGAAAUAAGGAAUUUUAAAUAUAGGCAGUUAAUCCUUUAACACUGGGUAGACCAACCUUGUGUGGGCCCACCAAGCACAUCUGUGUGCUGGAUUCUGCCCAGUGGGCAACAUUUGGUGUAUAGAAUUGUACCAGGUGUACCAUGGAAGCUACAGUAAAUUUAUUUGAUGAGAAAAAGUUAACCAUGUAUAAUAAGCACAUUACAAGCUUCAAAAUGCAGGUUGUUUGGUUUGAACAUGGUGCUCACUGAGCCUAGUGCUUGAGUUCAUUUUUCAUAUGGAUCAAUUAGUUAUAGAUGGAGGCAGGGGGAGGAGAAAUUAUUUACUGUCGUUUUUUGCCUCCUAAUUGCAAGCUUUCAUUUGCAGACAGGGCCAGUUGUGAGUGUGUGGAUUUCUGAGUGGAACCUCGAACCCAAAUGAGAAGAAACCUUCAAGGGACAACUACUGAGAACUACCAGUUUUAGGUCCUGGGUCAACACAGCAAUUUUUAUGCCUUCCUGGUGGUUCAGAAACGAGUCUCUGUAGAACCAGAACAAAGAAAGGAGAACAGUCUUUUUCUUUAUUAAAUUGACUGCAUAAGAUACUUGACUUCCAGGAACAAAAACACAGUGAAGUAAUAAAAUUAUUAUUUUGACAUCAUUGGACAUUCAUCAUAUUGAGGAGCGUACUUUGUGGAGCUUCCUGAGUUGAGAUUUGAAAUCUUCAUUGGUGCUCAUUUAUACCUGGGACUAUAAGCAUGAGUGAAUUCUGGUUGUGUUUCAACUGCUGUAUUGCAGAACAGCCUCAGCCUAAAAGGCGACGGCGAAUUGACCGAAGUAUGAUUGGAGAGCCAACAAACUUCGUACACACAGCUCACGUGGGAUCAGGAGACCUGUUCAGUGGAAUGAACUCAGUUAGCUCCAUUCAGAACCAGAUGCAGUCCAAGGGAGGCUACGGAGGCGGGAUGGCUGCCAACGUGCAGAUGCAGCUCGUGGAUACGAAGGCCGGAUAGCCUGGGGCUCCCGUCAUUGUGAAUUUCUGUAUUUUCUCUUUCCAUUAUUCUUUAAUUUUUUUGUCUUGUGAUUGCUUUUUUUUUUUUAAAUUACAAAAAAGAAGUGUGAUGACGUCUUGCUCACCCUCUUGUGAUUACCCCAGUGAUGCGUUACUGUUCUGCUUUGAAGAAGCUGUGGUCGGAUGAAUACUGCGUUUUCUUCAGCUGGCAUGCAUGCCUUUGGACUCAUGGACAGAGUUCUUUGGAUUGUGGCUUAAUUUUCAGUUUUUAAAUCAAUAUGGAUCUGAUCUUAGCAUGAUCUUUUUCGUGAAUGCUAGCACCAUUUUGAGAUCUUUUUUCCAUUUUAAACAUUUCUCUUUCCACUUCCGGCGCUCUGCCUUAUGAUUUUAUUGAUAAGCAAGGAUCUACUAGUAUUUGCUAACCUGUCACCAUUUAUGUAUAUUUCGGAAGGUGUGAGACCCAUAAGCACAAUGGUCAUUUUUAUUCAUUUGAAACUUCAGCAGGGUAGAUCCCGGCAUGGCUUUAUGGAGUUGCUUUGUCUGGGAGCCCACAGGUGCCAGAAAUCAGAAGUUCUUUGCUGCCAUGGGCUGCCAUACUGCUGCUAUUAGAUAGAAAAAGUUUCACUGUGGCACCAAGUCACACGGGUUUCACAGGAAAAGCUAACUUGUAGCUUAUUUAGAAGUAUGACUUUUUGAUCUAUUUGAUUAGAAUUGCAAUAAAAGAAAAGCUUGCAUUUUUGUAAGGCAUUCAUUCUGUUGUAAAUGUUCAGUAUAUUUAUUUUGAGAGCAAGGACCUGUGAUCUGAGAGCAGACUGUGAUAUGUAUCUGAGCGUUGUGGUUAAACUCACACCCAGUCUGAUUCUGAGCAUAGUCCUGCUGUUAGCUGUUUAUUUCUUUGUGUACUCAUUCUCUUUUAUUCUUACUUGUAUUUUAUGUUUAAUAUGAUGGUAUCUAAUCGUUCCCAGCAGCAGUGUGUUCAACUUCCAGCCUAUACUACUAACUGCAGGCUUCUAGAGUCAUUGGCCUUUCUGUAGUCCACAUAUUUUGGGGGUCAUGGAAGUUGCCAAGAGCAACACAGUCACCUGGCUGAAUCAUUGCCAGUGAGAACAACACAUAUAGUGACUUUUUGUGGUGUUGGUCAGAAGCAUUUGCUCAGGUUCCAAAAUAUGUUUAUCCUUCACAAAUUGUGAACGAUGUAUUUUAAUAUUAUACCAUUUCAAAUAUUUCUGUAAAUGCUUCUCCUUCCCUUAACAUUAAAACAUUUAAACCAUAUGUCCACUUCAGACAUAUCUAACUAAGUUGGUAGAUUAACAUUUCAUGCAGCAAACAGGGCUUAGUUGAAAACAUAUUUAGGGACUAUAAGGAAUCAGGUAAUUGAAUAAAGAAACAGCGAUCAUUUUCUCUGCUACCUUCUUGUAUUUUUCCCUUUCCCCUCACCUCAGUCCCAGGUUCUUAUGAAAGGUAGCUGAACAAAUGUUAGGUUGUAAGCAAAACAUGAAAGCAUAUCUCCUCUUGUUAUUUUGAAGUUAAGUUGCCCAGUACUGUGGGCACAGAUUAUCCCUGUAUUUCUGCAGUUUUGAGCCUUCAUAGGUGGCAGUCCCAAGCACAGAGACACUCAGUCUAGGAAGAAGGUUUGGACUCUUCAGAGUCACAUAAUUAGUAAUCAAAAUAGAUGUUUUGCUGUUCAUUAACUUCUGAACUUUAAUUCAUCUGUUGUCGUUAAUUCACUGUGUGGACAGCGUGCUCUUUCAAAUACCUGAGUACCAUUGUCAUCCCGCCCAGCCAGAAUCCUUUUCCCGCCAGGGACACUGCUGUGUUCAAGCCAUUUAAAAGACAGAUUGCAUUUUAUGGGCAUUGUCAGCAUGGAUGCUAGUGAGUCUGCUCCUGCUUUGAUUUUAAGAUUAGCACAAGUUUUGCACUUACCACAUAACUCCUGGGACAAUAGAAGGAGCUGUGGGCCCUUCUCCCCAGUUCAUGAUUUUACUCUUUUUUUUUUUUCU